AUGUUUGGUGAAGCGCUCCAAAGGUGUUUGAUUGGUUUAACCGAAGCAUCGAGAUCUGUUGCUAUCUUGUUUAGUGGUGGAGUUGACAGUCUGCUCAUUGCAUUGCUUGCUCAGCGCUUUCUUCCUGCACACUGUUUCAUUGAUUUGAUCAAUGUUUCUUUCGACGAAAAAAGCGGGGACUUUUCUGGAGCGCCAGAUAGAAGACGAGGGCUAAAAGCUUAUUCAUAUCUGAAAAAAAAAUAUCUAAAAAGUUUAUAUCGACUAAUCUUAGUCAAUGUUGGCAGAACCGAACUAUCCAGGUGCCGCUCAGAAUCUAUAGCUUUUUUAAUCGCGCCUUCAUGCUCGGUGCUAGAUGAUUCAAUCGGGUGUGUUCAAUGGUUUGCAGCCAAAGGGGAAGGAUUAGUUUAUGAGGAGGAUAGAAACAUUCAAGAAAUGAAAUCUGUUGCUUCUGUUGCAUUAGUAGGCAGUGGAGCGGAUGAAGUCUUUGGAGGAUAUAUGCGCCAUAGGCAUGCCUAUGAUAAAGGAGACAGAGAUGCUGUUAUAGAUGGGCUGGAAGAAGAGCUACGGGUUAUUGGACGAAGAAAUCUUGGUCGUGAUGAUCGAGUAACCCUAGAAACUUUAUACAGAGCUCCAUACCUUGACGAAAUUUUUGUAAGCUGGGCUAAUCAGCUACCGUUGGAAUGUAAAACGGACUUCAAGAAGGAAAGAGGUGUUGGUGAAAAAAAGAUAAUCCGCGAAGCUCUAAAGAGAUUGGGUGUUCCUGAAGAAUUAUAUUCUGCUCCGAAGCAAGCUAUGCAGUUUGGCACACGAAUUGCGCAUUUGGAAAACUCUAAAGAAAAGGGGUCAGAUGUUUGUUUGCGUCUUGUUCCUUGUUGUGAGAAAUUUUAG